AUGUCCAGUCUUGAGGAUUUCUUUGCCAAGAAGGACAAUAAAAAGUGUAAAAAAAAAACGAAUUACUUGGCCACUGAUGAGUUGUACAAAACGCUGGAGGAAUCGGCAAAGCUGACCACAGAGGGUGAUCCGGACGAUCUUGGUGAGGGUCCUACGGGUUCGGGAUCGGGAACCAGCGGAUCUGGAUCUGUGAAGCCCUUGGAGUUCGGCAUCCGAUUCUCGGACGAAAGCGUUGACGACGAGGAUGAGUGGUGUGAUUUCACCGAAGAGAAUCGCAUGCAAUAUACGAGCUCUCGCCGUAAUAUUCAGAUGACUCUCAGCUCUAUGGUUUUGUCUCAAUUUUCCGGCGGCGGCGAGCUUAAAGGUCAGGACUCCGAGCAGCGGGACACUGGCGGCGAUGGCAUGGACGUGGGUCAGGCAGAUGGCUUGUCCAAUACCCCAUGUCCCUGGCAAAAGUUGGAGAUGCAACCCCACAAGGAACCGAAGGAAGAUCAGAAGAUCAAGGAGCAGCCGAAGAAGGAAGAACAGCCACCGGAGGCUAAGAACCAAAUCUACAUUCCCCCUGCUCUGCGCCAGAGCCAAGGUGACUUCAAUCAACGCCUCCAGGGGGAGAACCGUCUGCGCAAACCCCACGGCAAGAAGUCUGGAAAACCCCAAGCCCCGGAUCUCAACAGCCCCGAAUAUUUUCCCAGUCUUAGUGGCCCCAAACCAUUCAAACACACCAAGUAAUUGAGAUCCAAUGUUUCCAGUUACCGUUUCUGUUCAAAUUUAACUGAGAUCAUUUCUUUCUGGGCGGUCUGACACGAAACCUCGCCCCAAAUAAAAAUGAAAGCAUA